AUGGCUAGUCUAAACGAUUUGAGAGCGAGGUUUUACUCCUACAACAAGAUGUACAGUUAUGAAAUGCGACUCCAGAGCUUUGCCGAUUGGCCUUUUUGUGAGGAAUGUCAAUGCACACCUGAAAUGAUGGCGACGGCAGGGUUCGUCCACUGUCCCAGUGUGAACGAGCCUGAUGUGGCCUGCUGCUUCUUCUGUCUCAGAGAGCUGGAGGGCUGGGAGCCUGAGGACAACCCCUGGUCUGAGCAUAUCAAACGGUCUCCUAACUGUGGCUUCCUGGCCAUGAAGAAAGACUUUGGGGAGCUGACUGUGGCUGAGUUCUAUCACCUGGAGCAGGAGAGACUGCGUAUCUACAUUAGGAAGACUAUCCAUUUGAAGAUCGCCAAUUUUCGAGAUGAGGUGGAGAAAACAGUUAAUUACAUGAGGACGCUGUUUGAUUCGGGAUCUGUAAUGUAG